AUGAGCGCUUGUGGAAAGGCUGGCCGCUGGGAGCACACACUUGCCCUACUGAGUAAGCUGCCAGACCAGAAGAUCGAGAUUGAUUCAUAUGCGUGCAGCACAGCUGUUUGGGCUUGCAGCCGCGAGACCGGUCCUGCAGGAUGGCAGAAGGCAUUAGCCGUCUUCUUUGACUUGUGUGUAUUGGGGGUGAGACCGAAUGAGGUGGCCUUGGGAUCUGCUAUAGCUGCAUGUGAAGUGGCAGGUUGCUGGGAAACUGCGCUUCAGCUGCUCUGGAGUGAGGGAGCCGGGUUGGUCUUGGACACGGCAUGCAUGAAUUGUGCAAUCAGCGCAUUGCAAACAGGCAGCCAGUGGCAGCUCGCAUUUUGCUUGUUUGAGUCCCUAUUGCCCAGUGUGAGACCCAAUGACCUCACUUACAGUGCUCUCAUGCGCGCUUGCAGACGAGCAUACCAUUGGGAGAGAGCGCUACAUGUCUGGGCGGCAUGUGAGCGAGUCCUGAACCCAAGCCUUCUCACUUGGAGUGAAGCUGUGUCUGCAGCUGAGUGUGGUGGGAAGUGGGAAUUUGCACUUCUUCUUGCCAGCAGCUGUGCUGAUUCCAGUCUGAAGCUGGACAGUAUCCUCUGCACAGCUGCUGCAAGCGCAUGCCACAAAUCGAGUCGAUGGCGAGAGCCUUUGCAUUUGCUCCACCUUAUGCGCAUUCAUGGCCUCCGAGCGAGUUUGCUUGCAUGCAAUGCUGCCACAGCGUCAUGCGGAUCAUCACCUUCUCGCUGGAAGCGGGUCUUUCAGUUGUUGGCGUGGACGGACCGAUUUCUGAAGCGUGAUGCCGCAAUUCAAGCUGAGGUGGUAUCCAUCUUUGAGAGUACAAAGCAGGGACGCUGUCUGGGCCCCCUGCUGCAAGAGACAGCUGAACUGACUCUGUCAGCACUGGGUCGUGACCACAGAAGGCACGGCAUGGGACGGAAUGGGACCUGGAGGUUCAGGCCAGUUCCAGAUGGGGAAGGACAUGGAAAAAAAGAGAUUGGAGCUUUUAGCUGA